AGUUGGUGUAUGGUGGAGAGAGAGCGCGUACCUGUCUGUAGGAUCCCUCAAUUACUACGUAUACCCAGGUGUACUCUACAGCAUCCAGGCGUGUCCUUACCUGGGUACAAUCUGUGUGUAUUUACUUCAUCAAGACGGGAGGCAGUGACUGAUGAGAGUGUCAACUGAGAUACAAGUCAUGCAGAUCUAUUUUUGAUUGAGGAAGUAGUAUACAAUGUCUGAAGUGUAGGAACCUGAAAGGUAGGUAGACAAUUAACAGCUUUAAUCUAUCGAGAUGAAAUCACAGAUGCCCAUGCUAUUACUAGUAGCUAUCUCUUACUCCUGUAUUCAAGGUGUUCGGUCAGAUAGAGUAUUGCGGUUACUGUCCUCCCCCACGUCUUGGAGUGACGCCAAUAAUUUGUGUAAAUCAGAUGGCGGUCAGCUAGCCAGGGUGACAAAAAAUGACCUAUCCACUAUUAGAGACUGUCCCGGGCUUGUGGAGGAAACUGGUUCCUAUUGGUCAGCUGGCUACAACUUCUUGACUCCUUGGUUCGAAUUUCUUGGAUGCUAUCAAGUAACACCAACCAGCAUAUUUUCCACAGUCAAUGACUACGACGAGUGCUACCAGCUUUGUAAACAAUCAGAAAAAUUUGGACUGCAGGAAGAUCGAAAAUGCGUUUGUGUAAACUCUACAGCAAGCCUCACAUUUACUGCUGCGCAGAGUUGUCUCCCGUGUUCAGGUGGAUCUAAGUAUAGCUGUGGUGGUUCCAACCACAUAGCUCUAUAUCGGCCAUAUGAAAAUGACCUUGACACCCGCUUCUGUGAAUUGGAAAAAAACGAGACAUGUGACUGUGGCGUGUUCCAAUGUGAACCGUUUCCUGUUGGUCCGGAAAAUUCAAUUUGGACAUAUUUGUCAAGGAACUGCUCCAGCGAACUCCAGGCGUCUUGCAGUGAUGGAACCUUUACGGAAGAUAACUUGUCCUGGGGUGGAGGUAGACAAGCAUGUACUACCAAAGGAAGUUAUAUGUCUGGGCCAAAUAUUCUGAACUGGUGCUCAGAAUCAAACGUAACCCUGCGGAAACCAUACUGGGGACACUUCCAUCGAGACAGAACCACACUGUACGCCGACACGACAAGUGUAAGCGGGUCUGAUAUAUCCAGAAUUAAAGAAUGCCAGUAUUUCUCAGUCAUUGAUGAUGACGUCAAGUUGUUGUCAACCGCAUCAUGUUCGGAGUCUAAAGGAUAUAUCUGCUCAUUUGAUGUCGAUCAGGGUCACCUGAACGAUUGUUUGGUCCGAACGACAACUACACCUACUACUACAACGACCACAACAACACAACCGCCUACAACAACUACAACAGAAAUCCCUACCACAACUACCAUGGAAUCUACAACUACAACAAAUAUGCCAACAACUACGACGGCAUCUCCACCAGCAACUACAUCCAAUACUGAAACUCCCGUUCCGAUUGGUAAUCCUGGAGCAAUCAAGGAAGAAGACGGUCUAGCAGCUGAGGACCGAACGGGACUUAUAGCAGGCGUUGUCAUCGGUGUUGGAAUCCUCAUACUCAUCCUAGUUGCUGUCUGCCAAAAGAGAAAAACUGUAAAGGAACCAACGGACAUCAACAGAGUCGAAAAAGGCAGAAAUUAUUUCCAAGCAGCUUCCAUAAAACACGAGAAUGGAAACAUAGAAAUUCAAAACACUAUUGAAAGACAACCCUCUAACUACCAAUACAAAACCACAUCUUCUUUCGGCGCACCAGUGCCAGAGCCAAUGGGCGACCCCGAACCAGCAGAAUCAGAUCCUCCUUUGACGGACUUUGCGAAUCCCAUCGAUCACGUUAAUGGAAUGGAUAAUACGCUAAAUCCGGAACUAAACUAUAUCAAAGACGAACAGCCACCAACUCCAUGUACAAAUCCACUAUUAUUCCCAAACAAUCAAAAUGGCUAUAUCACAGCCUCAGACGAGUUUCCUGCACCAGACCCCCCGACCCCACAUUCUGUUCCUGUUCCUUUGGAACAGAAUGACGAAACUGUUUCACAGCAAGAUUUGUUCACCGAUGAUUCAGAAUUCGAUGAUGGUGACGAGGAUGGAGCAUUUAACAUGCCUCUUGGUAAUCUUGAUUUGGAAUUAGAGAAGGAACCAGAGGAAGAGCCAGGCAUCCAUCCGGAAGUCGAACUGGUUGAUACACGAGAACAUAUGAACACAAACGAGGAUCAAUCAGAACCACCACGACAACCAUACGUAAGUUUUAUACAAGUGGUUGCGAAUAAAACAGAAGAUACCGUACUGUAAAAGCCAAAGAAAAAAAUAUCGGCAAACAAUUUUAGCUACUUUAACAUUAAACUACGUCGUGAUAACAUGAACAGCAAUUAUAUAAUCAUUAUGUUUGGGUGGACGGAGACACGGAUCAAUGUGGACAAAUGAUGAUUGUAUCGUAUGAUAAUCCAGGUUAAUAUGACCAUUGUGAAAAAAACGAUAAGAUGUGAUACAAAUGUUUUGUAUAUAGCGAUUUCUUGACGAUUGCUAGGUUUAAUUCAUAAAUGAAUGUCUCACCUUUUCUAAACCAAGAUCACCUAUAGUAGUACACGGUGUACAGUAGAACGACACAAGGGACACACCCCUACUGCCAUGUUCUCUAGUACGGGAUUUUACUUACUGUAUUUAGGGGGAGUAGCAUCGUUGGCCCCAUGGAGUCCUCUUUGGUUUAACCGUUUGACCCGUUGGAGCACUGGCUUGAAAUCCGCUGGUUUGAAAUGAUAAUUUGUACCAAUCACAUUACUUGAUUUGGUUCAUGAAUAAUUCAUGAAAACGGGACUUUCUGUGCAAUGCCCCCAUGGAAUCGAUCAGAGUUAUACGAAGACAGAUCACUUGGGUAACAUCGAUUAAUGACGAGAUUCAAUAUUUUGAUUGCAAUAUUUAACCGACACGUAGUGGAUUACCGAGUAGAUGAUUGAAAGAGAAAUAGUGCUAGAAAACAAAGGGACAGGCGACAAUCCUACUUAAAUGUUGGUUACUUGCUUCAUAGUUUUAUGUAAUGAUAAUAUUUAUAGGAGCUGCCCCCUCAAAAAAAAAGCAACAAAUGAUAAAUGAAUAAAUAAAUAAAUAUAUAAAAUUUAAAAAAAAAUUGUCAUUGGAACCUAUGCUACUAAGCAAAAUUACUGUAUUGUAUAUAUAUCAUAUAAAUAUAUUCAUAAAUGUUCUUGUGUUCAAAUCGUGUAUACGUGUAUACAUUGACCUGCGUAAUCAGCAUGUUAAUACGUAUUGGUAUAAUAAAACAAUACAACAAAA